GGAGAAGCGUUGCGUGACGACCCUAAUAACGGCUGCGGAGGGGACUAGUGCUUGCGUGAUGUGUAAUGUGUUCCAUUGCCUGAUGGAAAGUAUACGUAUUUCCGGUUGUCGAAACAUCGACAGCCGGAAAUACGUCAGCGUUCGAAGGUUAGCUGGCCUUGAGCUCGUGAAAGGGCUCCAACCAGACAAAAGUCCCUAUUCCAGGAUUGGUUGGUCGAAUUCUUUCUUUUUUCCGAUGUUUUUAUCCUUUCGGUUACGGCUGCUGCAACCCGUGGCUGCUUUUGGCUAGUUCAGGUUGGCUGCUACUUAAGUCACGCAAUGUACAUGUACUGGUUAAACUUCCGGUUGCCGCAAAGCACGAACGUGAUACUUAGAUCAUGUGACCCCAAAAACUUCCACUUCUUUCACUUGCAAAUCAGCUAGCGCGAUCGCUGUUUGCAGUGUUUGUUAUCGAUUGACGUACCAUAUAUCAGCUUCAGCAGUCUGUCGAAUGAACACAAAGAUCUGAAUUAAGCAGUAACGUCAACGAUGACUGGCUAUGUAUCUGUUUCGUCCAGGACUUCUCAAGCCCUUCUUGUCAGACCAUCAAUGUGGCAGCAAUUCACAGAUUUUGCAAAUGUACUAAAGGCAUUUAUAGGAACAAGCUACCUGUCUUUGCCAUUUGCAUUUUAUCAAAGUGGAUUAGUGCUUGGAGCAGUUUCACUUGUAAUCAUUGCCACAAUAACAGACCAUUGUUGUCAGCUUAUAAUUAAAUGCAAAAAUGCAGCUGUUGAGAUGAUUCUUAACUCGUCUCCAAGAUACCAAGAGUUACAAACAGAGGAGUGCUAUGAGGAGAUGGCAAAAAUAAAGGAGACUAUUGAGAAUGAAAUGACUCUGGGUGACAUUGGAAAAAUUGCUGUUGGACCAUGGGGAUUGAGACUUGUUAACACAGCAUUAGUUAUAACACAGACAGGAUUCUGCGUUGCUUAUUUCAUAUUUAUGGGAAAUACCAUAGCGGAAAUGUUUCCCAUUGCUUAUAAACCUCACAAUGUGACACCUGUUAAAAAAUCAAUGCUCUUAAAUCCAACUGGUCCAGCCACAGGGUCACCACAUGUACCCACUUCCGUGCUAAGGAACUCAUCUUCAAUGAUACCUCCUCUAGAAGGCACAAGUACAGCACCUCUGUUUGUGCUUAUUGUGCUAAUUCCUCUGCCUUUCCUUGUUGCAAUGGCCUAUGUGCGGAGUAUUCGAAAGCUUGGACCUAUUAGUGGGAUUGCCAAUGUAACUCUACUUGCUGGAUUUUUUGGGCUACUGACAUUUCUGUUGAAAGGGCUGCGUUUUAAGUUGAAAGAUGUGAGCCUUGCUAGACUGUCUACCUUUCCGAUCUUCUUUGGCCAAUUGACUGGAGCUUAUGAAGGAAUAGGAACCGUGAUACCUAUUGAGUCAAGCAUGGCAGAGAACAGGCCCCGUUUCCCACUGUAUCUUCACCUGGCACUUGGGAUAGUCUCCUCCAUUCUUGGUUCAUUUGGAAUGCUUGGGUACACUAUUUAUGGCAGCAAUGUCCCUCAGAUAGUAACAGAUACUCUGCAAACGGGUAUAAUGGCACAGCUGGUUCGAGUGACACUUAUCGUAGCUGUCUUAAUGACAUACCCUCUUCAGCUGUACCCAGUUAUUGAAAUUGCAGAGUCCAUCUUUUUCACCAAAGUCCAUUCUAGAAACAAGUCUCACAUGAGUGAGAUCAUUGCAGGUCCAAGUGUGGAACCAGGAAGCAACCCAGUCUCUCCCCCUGACCCCUCCAUGGGUGAGUCACAAUACCCAGUGUUAGAUUCAUCAGGUGGUGUGUCUACCAGUAUACAAGAUGAGACUGAAGUUCUCAUACCAAACGAUACUGAAGAACUUCAAUAUAAGGCUGCACCCUGGAAGAGAAAUUUACUACGUACUGUGUUGGUUCUCGUAACAGCUGGAAUUGCUGUUCUUCUCAAGGAUGAAUUUGCCUAUGUAAAUGCUUUUAUUGGUUCCUUAGGAAGUUCGGUGUUGGCGUACAUUUUACCUUGCACUUUUCAUCUUGUUCUAUAUAAACACACCAAUUCUGUGGGUGUAGUUAUCAAGGACAUUGUCUUCGUUAUAUUUGGUAUCGUAGGUGGUGUUGUGGGUGUUGUCAUUACUGUCCAAAAUGUAAUCAAGCACUUGACAUAGCUAAACCCAAUAUUGACUCUUAUUGUAAACUGAAGGGAGAGGGUUACACGCCAUGUUUAUUUUGACAUGAACUGGUUAUUUUUCCCAUGGACAUAAUAAUAUUACAGUCGAACCUCUCAUAAGUGGACACCUUUGGGACCAGAAGAAGGGCUGCUUGAGGUGGCUCAAAACAGCUUCCACUACUUUCUUAGACUUAAUUAGAUUUUGAUAGGUCAUUACAACCACUCUUUAUCAGUUGAUGCAGCAAUCAUGGUAUCAGAAAACUGUGCAACAUCAGUGAACACGUUCUCAUUUUCUAUCAUUUUCGUGACACAGUAGGUUACCAUAGCAACAGUAUUACUUGCUAACACAACCGUAAUUUUAGUUUUAAUUACUUAUAUUUCAAAAAUGGCACAUGAAAACCAUCUUUUUAAAUCAAAUUUUGAUCAGCUGCAUAAGAUGUAACUUAAGGCAGAGUUUAAAUAAAUUCUGUUCAUGGGGUUCAGAGCCACCUUAAAUUUUCAAAAAAAUUCAAAAAGGUGUUUGCUUUUGGGAGGUUAAAAAUGCAGCUUUUGUAUGUGGCUGGGACCAUUACCGAGUGGCCGCUUACAAGAAGUGUCUGUUAACGGAGGUUUGACUGUACUAUCAAAUUAAGGGAAACCUCCAGAUAAUAGUUUCUAAGAUAGGAAAACACUAAAGAAGUAAAAAUAAACCAAAAAUUGACAAGGAUGGC